AUGAGUAUUGAAACAGUUUGGAAUGAGUAUAAACAGCAACGUGAUGGUGAUUUUUUCACCGAGGGCGUCUCUGUAGCUUUUGUGCCCACUGCAGCUGGUGCUAGAGGAAUUGAAGCUACAAAAAAUUUUCUCUUUGCCGCUUACGAUUCUAAACUACUUGAUGUGAAAGAGAAAGUCCUGUAUAAAACCGUUGGUCAAAACUCUAUUGUCGAAGAGUCCGAAACAACAAUUAAAUUUGUUUCUGGCGAAGGUGCUUGGAUUGUGCCGGGGGUUGAUAGCAGGUAUACAAUCGAUAACCACAUCGUUUUUCCAACGGUAACCGUGGCAACAUUCGAAGAUGAUAAAAUCUCCUCUAUACGCGUCUAUUGGGAUCAAGCAACCGUUUUGAAACAGCUUAAAUUAAUUGGUGAAAAGAAUACAUGGCCUGUUUUAGGUGAAAGACAAAUAGAUGCUGUGAAAGACAUUUCAAAUACUCUUCUCAAUCCAUUUGGUAAAAUCGAGUCAGCAGCUGCUCGCAUGAAUCCUAAUCAAAUAUCUUCUGGCCGUCGGAACGUUCACACCAGUAGUCGUGUUAAUCAACCUGGUGGUACGGGUGGUAAAUCCUCGAUUUUCAACUCUGAACCGGAUGACCAUGUGACAAACCGCAGAUUCAAUUCGAACAAAAAUCAAUCACAAUUUUCUAUUGGCGAUGAUCAGGCUCAACCGAAUUAUGAUCCUAUACAUUAUUCUCAAAAAAAGCUUAAUCCUCAAUCAAAUGCAUCACAAAUUGUUAUUGGUGAUGAUGGUGGGGAGGUUGAAAAUGUUGGGGCAAGCCGUGGCAAGAGACGUGGUAAAAACCAAUAUGAACCCACUACCGGAAUUAUUGAUGAUGGUUCUCGCAAUAACAUUAGGACUUCAAGCCGUGUUCUGAAACAACCUGGUGGUGGAUCUCAAAUCACAUUUGGAUAA